CAGCAGAACGUAUAUCAGGCGAUAUACGACGGUGUCUGCCAAGCCAAGCCGUGCUAUUUCAAGCCCUUGAAGAAUCUGUACUUUUGCAGGCGGCAUGCACCGCUAGACAAAGAUUCCCAAUUUAUAUUCUGCACAUAUGAAGAUCCCGAGAGCGGUCCCUGUAAACAUGUCAUGAGGAAAGGCAUGUCGACGACCUUGUGUCCCGCCCACAAGUCAAUCUCGGUCACCAAAGUCAAGCGAAAAUCUGGCCGAGGUGGCCGAGGUAAUAGAGGCGGUGUACCGCGCCGGGCGCCUGCGAAGCCAAAGGCUUCCGUAGUGUCGGUAGCGGCGCAGGGAGAGAAAGAAGCCAAACCAAGGAAGAAAGCACCCGGCCCUACAGAGCCAAAGGCUCCUGCUCCUGCUGCUGAGGGACAUCAGACUGCCCAGAACGAAACAUCCGAUCCGGAGGUGGAUGUCGAAGACGAAGCGGAUAUGGACGUAGAUGGAGAUGCAGACAAAAACGCAGAUGGAGAUGACGCUGAUGAGGCGGAGGAAGAUUCUUCAGAAGCUGCCGACGAUCCAGAGGUGUCGGAAGACGGGGAUAACGAGAAUGAGAAUGAGAACGAGAACUCGGAUAAUGCUGAGGAGUUGGACCUGGACUCGGAUGCUGAGGAUGGCGAGAAUGGUGACGCGGAGGUAGAUGAGGAUGCGGGUGGCGUGGCUGAAGAUGAUGGGGAUGAAGGUGAAGACGAUCAAGCGGACAGUUUUGAGGAGGAAGAGGAUGAGAAUGAGGAUGCAGAAGAUGAGGAUGAGGACGAUGAAAUGGAGGAGGAUAUUGGCUCAGGGGACGAUGGAGGCGACGGAGGGGAGGAAGAGGACAAACACGAAUCUGAACCUUCUGACAAUGUCAAUGAAGAGGAUGACGAUGAGGAUGCAUAAAGACUGCAUGUUUGCCACUGUCCCGAUCUACAGCUAUUUAUAAACUUUUAGUAGGACUGGCAACAACACGUGGCAGAAUGGCUACAAAACGGUGACUUUCAAUAGGUCGGACAAUCAAAUCGUAUCUCGCCAACCCGAGCCAGGAAACCGAAGCUCGUGAACUGUUCUGUUCCGGCUGCAGUAGACGUUAAGGAAUCGAUGAAACCUGUGUCUAAUCGAGUGCGUAGCUGUGGUGUUCUCAUAAUACUGGUAGUCAACGCUCGUGGCACUUACAUUAUAAGAAACCCACUUACAUCGGAACCGAAAGUGCAGCGGGUGCUUGCUCCGAUACCAACCACUACUUGGAGAUUUGAACCCAAUUCGACCACAGUGCAAAUUCGGACAGGGAAACGAUAGAAAUAAAUAAAUACAUGCGUGGUUUGGAUGCGUGUGCUACAACCGAACUGCCCAAUAAAGCCGCUCAAUAAUACAAAAUAAAGAUUGUAAUUGGAACAAAUUAUUAAUAUGGAUUUCAUAUACAAGGAAAUCGCGUUACACAAAUAGUGUGUAAUCCAAGACGAACAAAAAC